AUGGAGUCGUCUCGCGGCCCUCCCAGGGUCAAGAACAAGGCCGCUGCGCCGAUCCAGAUCUCAGCGGAGCAGCUGCUCCGUGAGGCUGUCGACCGGCAGGAACCCGCGUUGCAAGCCCCGACACAGCGAUUUGCCGACUUGGAAGAAUUGCACGAGUACCAAGGUCGCAAGAGAAAGGAGUUCGAGGACUAUGUUCGCCGAAACCGGAUUAACAUGAACAACUGGAUGCGCUAUGCAUCAUGGGAACUUGAACAGAAGGAAUUCCGUCGGGCGCGUUCUAUCUUCGAGCGAGCGUUGGACGUUCUCCCGACCUCAGUACCGCUGUGGAUCCGAUACAUCGAGGCGGAGAUGCGAAACAGGAAUAUCAACCAUGCGAGGAACUUGCUUGACCGUGCAGUGACGAUCUUGCCCCGUGUCGAUAAGCUCUGGUACAAGUACGUUUAUAUGGAAGAGACUUUGGGGAAUAUCCCUGGUACUCGGCAGGUCUUUGAGCGAUGGAUGUCAUGGGAGCCGGAGGAGGGAGCCUGGAGUGCGUAUAUCAAGCUCGAGAAGCGGUACAAUGAAUUCGAGAGGGCGCGCAAUAUCUUCCAACGUUUCACGAUUGUUCAUCCUGAACCGAGGAACUGGAUCAAGUGGGCUCGAUUUGAAGAGGAGUACGGGACUAGUGAUUUGGUGAGAGAAGUCUACGGUGCAGGAGUUGAAGCGUUGGGUGAAGACUUCAUGGAUGAGAGGCUUUUUAUCGCCUAUGCCAAGUUCGAGGCGAAGAUGAAGGAGUAUGAGCGUGCACGUGCUAUAUACAAAUAUGCUCUUGACCGACUUCCCCGCUCUAAGUCCGUUACAUUGCACAAAGCCUAUACUACAUUCGAGAAGCAGUUUGGUGAUAGGGAGGGUGUUGAGGAUGUCAUUCUUUCCAAACGCCGAGUCCAGUACGAGGAGCAACUCAAGGAGAACCCUCGGAACUACGACAUUUGGUUUGACUUUACUCGCCUCGAAGAGACCUCCGGUGACCCUGAGCGGGUACGUGACACAUACGAACGGGCCAUUGCACAGAUUCCUCCGUCACAGGAGAAGCGGCACUGGAGACGUUAUAUCUAUCUCUGGAUAUUCUAUGCCAUCUGGGAAGAAAUGGAAGCCAAAGACAUGGAACGUGCUCGUCAAAUCUAUAACGAAUGCCUGAAGCUCAUUCCCCACAAAAAGUUUACAUUUGCCAAGAUAUGGCUCAUGAAAGCCCAGUUUGAAAUCCGCCAGAUGGAGCUCCAAACCGCCCGCAAGACAUUAGGCCAGGCGAUCGGUAUGUGUCCCAAGGACAAGCUCUUCAGAGGCUACAUCGAUCUCGAGCGCCAGCUUUUCGAGUUUCUACGGUGCCGGACACUGUUCGAGAAGCAGAUCGAGUGGAAUCCCUCCAACAGUCAGUCCUGGAUCCAGUAUGCCGAGCUGGAGCGGGGUCUAGAUGAUAGCGAUCGUGCGCGGGCCAUCUUUGAGUUAGGAAUUGACCAACCUACUCUGGAUAUGCCGGAGCUUGUGUGGAAGUCAUACAUCGAUUUCGAGGAAUACGAAGGCGAGUAUGACAGAGUCCGGCAGCUCUACGAGCGUCUUCUGGAGAAGACCGACCACGUCAAGGUGUGGAUCAACUAUGCUCGGUUCGAGAUCAACAUACCGGAAGACGAGGAAGAGGAAGAGGAGGAGGAGGAACGGCCAGUCAGCGACGAGGCCAAACGGCGCGCUCGGGCGGUCUUCAACCGUGCACACAAGGUGUUCAAAGAAAAGGAGCUCAAGGAAGAGCGUGUGGAACUCCUCAAUGCCUGGCGGUCAUUCGAACAUACGCAUGGGUCUCCCGAAGACAUCGACAAGAUCGAGAAGCAGAUGCCACGUCGCGUCAAGAAGCGUCGCAAGUUGGACGACGACCGGUACGAAGAAUACAUGGACUACGUGUUCCCGGCCGACGAUCAAUCAGCAGCCAACCUGUCCAAGCUGCUACAGAGAGCACACGCCUGGAAGUCGGGUCAGGCAUGA